GUUGUGGUCUGUCAAGUGAAGGCAGAGUAAUUUGGGGAAGCGAACUGUGAUUGUUUACACUACAAACUUCUUCCUCCUCCAACGCCGGCGAUAAUUGACUCCAAAAUAGCUGCUCAUUCAUUCAUCCACAUGAAUGUUAGUCACGACGGAGCGAUGACCUACGCCAGAAUGAGUCGGCUUGUGUCAUUUUUCUCAGGUCUUCUAAAGAGGAAGAAAACCGUUUUCAGCAACAUAUUACACAAAAUGGCCUCCUGUCAACCGCUCUAUCAACACCUGGAUACUCAAAACAUCCUGCGUCUUCGGCGCAAAUCAAAGAUGGAGGACGGAGACGCUGUGAGUUCAGUACAGUCUCAACCUUCCCUGAUGACGCCAUCGGACUUUGACUACCUCAAGGUUAUUGGCAAAGGAAGUUUUGGAAAGGUCCUGCUGGCCAGACACCGACAACAUGGAGGCUAUUACGCCAUAAAAGCGUUACACAAACACACCAUUGUUAAAAGAAAAGAGCAGCAGCAUGUGAUGGUGGAGAGGAGCGUUCUACUUAAAGGACUACAGCAUCCCUUCUUGGUGGGACUCCACUUCUCUUUCCAGACCCCAAACAUGCUCUACUUUGUAUUGGACUACGUUAAUGGAGGCGAGCUGUUCUACCAUCUUCAGAAAGAAGGUUCGUUUCCUGAAAGCAGGGCCGCUUUUUACGCUGCGGAGAUGGCCAUGGCGCUUGGCUACCUCCACUCCUUAGACAUUGUCUACAGAGACCUGAAACCAGAGAACAUUUUGCUGGACAACGAGGGUCACGUGAGGCUGACUGACUUUGGACUCUGCAAAGAAGGCGUGGCCGUGGGCGGAAUCAUGCACACCUUCUGCGGCACUCCUGAGUAUCUCGCUCCUGAGGUCCUGCGGGGUCACACGUACAGUCCGGCAGUGGACUGGUGGGGACUCGGAAGUGUGCUUUUCGAGAUGCUGUACGGAGUGCCUCCAUUUUACAGCCACAGCAAAGCGGAGAUGUUUGAGAAGAUACUCCACGCGCCUCUUCCCGCGCUCAGCGGCGUAUCCGAGGCGGCCUGUUCGCUGCUGGAGGGCUUACUGGAGAGGAACGUGUCAAAACGCUUGGGAGAGAGACGUGACAUUGUGGAGCUGCAGGAGCAUCCGUUCUUUGCAUCCAUCCACUGGGACGACCUCCUGACGAGGAAGGUCACACCCCCGUUUGUCCCUGACGUGACCAGUCCUUCUGACGUCAGCUACAUUGACCCCGAGUUCACGCUGCAGCCUUUGCCCGCCUCCGUGAUUGACAGGAGCCAAGAAGGCGGGGCUAGCCAAGUCUUUGUGGGGUUCUCUUACAUGAAGGAGUGCACGGCAACAGGAGUCAUUUCAUAGCAUGGCCAGGUACUCUCAUUGGACAAAAUAUUUAUUUUUCUACGUCAUAAAUCAAAAUGUACAGUAUAUGAACUAUAAUAUAAUGUCAUAUAAUAUACCUGGAUACAUUGUGUACAUUGCAUUAUAUUGUCUGUGUACACUUUUCAGAAUGGAAUAGGAAAAUUAGGGCUGUCAAAAAUAGCGCGUCAACGGCUCAUUUAUUUCAUUCAUUGCGUUUUUAUUUAUAUGCGUUUUCAUUCAACUUUAUUUAAAUCAUUGAAUGCAUACAAAUAUACAGCGUAUAACCCUGCCCUGUCAUUUGUAUUUCUUUCAAUAAAACGCUGUAAAAAUUACCAUAUUUCAGACAUACUAAUUAAUCAUGAUUAAUUAAUUGGAAACCAUGACGAGUCUUUAAUCAUUUGACAGCCCUAAAUAAAAAUAGAAGGUGUUUGAUUGAUGGAAUGUUUAGUUUUAUUUCAAAUGAAUAAAUAUUGCAACAUUCCCAACAUUCAGGUGUUACAUUCGUAGCUUUUAAAGAUACAGUAACAAAUACUUUAAGUUGUGCAUCAUAACUCAAACAUAUAGAAACGUCAGCAAGUCUCAGGCCACCAUUGACAUUGAACGUAGCGUGACAAAUAAAAAGCGGCAGGAAAAAUGAUGUUGACGCCGUGGAAGGUUGGCGUCACAUAUGGAUGAGGAGCGAGGUGGACCCAGGAGUCCGGUAACAAGUCCUGCUGUUUUACACUCUAUGGUAUAUCGGUAUAUCCCUGGGGAUGAUUUGGGUUGUUACAACACUGCUUAAACAACUUAAACAUCUAAUAGCGGCCCAAGACUUUUGCACAUGACAACACUAUCCCGUUUAAUAGACGGUAAAAGCAACAUAGCUUUGGUCCCCUGGGCAGGUGAAGUAAGCAAUCAGCU